AUGCAGGAUAAGAAAAUUGUUAUGUUUUUUUCUUUUUUCAUGUGUAUGCUUUUAAUCUUGAGAUCAGCCAACGCACAAAGCACCAACAGCAAUACAAAUCCUACUACAAUCACAAAAGCUGCUAUCAUCACAAAACCAGGAUGUCAAAAACAAUGUGGAAACCUUAUAGUUCCAUAUCCAUUUGGAAUUGGUUCUGAUUGUGCCUUAGACCCCGUGUUUGAGAUCGAAUGUAACGUCACAACACCCUUCAUAGGUAAUAACUUUCAAGUCUACGACAUCUCUGACUCAGAAAUGCGCAUAUCUAACUCUGUAGGCUGGAGUUGUUACUCAUCCGAUGGAACACUUUUACUCCCAGAUAAUCCUGCAUCGUUGAAUUUAGGAGAAACACACCCUUAUAGUUUCUCCGACCUUAACAAAUUCACCGUCGUUGGUUGUGAUGACUUUUCUGUUAUAGGUGCACUUAACUUCGCUAGUGCUUGUAUCUCUUACUGUCGUAAUUCUAGUGAUGCGGUUAUUGAAGGAACAUGUAAUCAUGGAGAUGGUUGUUGUCAAGUAGAAAUACGAAAGGGCAUGAGAUCCUUCGAAACAAUGAUGAGAACCAUUAACAAUCACACAGGUGUUUGGUCUUUUAAUCAAUGUGGCUAUGCGUUCCUUGGUGAGGCUAGUCGUUUUAAAUUUCAGGGAUUGAUGGAUCUAAAUGAUACGAAUUUUGUAGAGAGGAUUAACCAUAAUGUCCCUAUCGUGCUAGAUUGGACCAUCGGAAAUCUUACUUGUGUUCAAGCAGAGAAACGCAUAGAUUAUGCUUGCCUCGAUAAUAGCCACUGUGUUAAUUCCACUGACAGUAUUGGUGAAUAUCGGUGCAGGUGUAACCUGGGAUAUGAAGGCAAUCCAUACAUAGGUCCGGGCUGCCAAGAUAUUGAUGAAUGUCUUCAUUCGAGUACCAAUAUGUGUGAACACAAAUGCACAAACACGCCAGGGAAUUACAGUUGUUCUUGUCCAGAAGGAUUCAGUGGUGAUGGUCGUGGUUGUAUUGCACCAAACUCGAACUAUGAGUUCCCAUGGAUCAAGUUUUCUAUUGGUAUGGGAGUCGUCUUUAUAUCCCUCGUGGUUGGGACAAUUUUUCUCUAUUUUUGUAUCAAGAAACGAAAACUCAUUAAAAGUAGGGAGAAAUUCUUCCAACAAAACGGUGGUUUACUCUUGAAACAACAAAUCUCCUCUAAAAAGGGUGGCAUCGAAGCAACCAAAAUUUUUACAGCUGACGAGUUGAAGAAGGCUACGAAUAACUAUGCCAGUGAUAGAAUUCUUGGUCGUGGUGGAAAUGGAAUUGUCUAUAAAGGUAUUCUACCUGAUAAUCGCAUAGUUGCAAUUAAAAAAUCUAAGUUUGUGGAUGAGAAUCAAGUUGAACAGUUCAUCAAUGAGGUACUUAUUCUUACUCAAGUUAACCAUAGAAAUGUAGUGAGACUCUUCGGGUGUUGUUUGGAAGAUGAAGUGCCUUUACUGGUUUAUGAAUACGUUUCUCAUGGAACUCUUUACGAGCAUAUCCACAACCAAAAUGGAGUCCCAUGGUUAUCUUUGCAAAAUCGAUUGAGAAUUGCUUCAGAGACAGCAAGUUCACUUGCUUACCUUCAUUCAUCUGCAUCCAUGCCAAUAAUUCAUAGAGACGUCAAAUCCACUAAUAUAUUAUUGGAUGAUGUUUACACAGCAAAAGUGGCGGAUUUUGGAGCUUCAAGAUUAGUCCCUCUUGACCAAACACAUGUUGCUACAUUGGUUCAAGGAACAUUAGGGUACUUAGAUCCUGAAUAUUUCCACACAGGUGAAUUGACAAAUAAAAGUGACGUUUAUAGUUUUGGAGUAGUUCUUGCCGAACUUUUAACAGGAUUGAAACCUAUUUUGAGGGAUACAAGUGACAAGUACAAAUGUUUGGUGGAGCAUUUUAUCUCGUCGAUGAACAAGAAUAACAUAUUUGAAAUUCUUGAUGAUAGAGUUGUAAGAGAAGGAGGUGUUGAGCAACUUCAAAAGAUUGUUGAGCUCAUUAAGAGUUGCCUUCAGUUGCACGGGGAAGAUAGGCCUACGAUGAAGGAAGUGGCUAUGGAACUUGAGAGUUUAAGAAAGUUCACUAGCCCUUGGACUAAUGAACACGUACAUGAAGAUCAUAAUGAAGUUGAAUUAAACGAUCUGUUUAUAAUUCCAAUUGAUUCUAAUACAGGUAUCGACAACUUCUCUGGACAAUAUCCCAGCUCCUACACAAAUAAUAGCCUCUUCUUGGGACAAUAUAGUUCAGAUAAAUCUUCAUUACUACUCAAUACAAAUAUCCCGCGGUGA